AGGGCAGCAGGGAGCCGCUCGCCAUGGCCGACCAGAGCAGCAUCCAGAGCGCCGCCUCCAAGAGCAUCCGCCCGUUCCGCUCCAGCGAGGAGUACCUCUACGCCAUGAAGGAGGACCUCGCCGAGUGGUUCAACACCCUCUACGACCUGGACAUCCACGUCGACAACUUCAUGGAGACCCUGGAGACAGGCUACGACCUCUGCCAACACGCCAACAACGUCAACCGCAUCGCCCUGGAGUUCCAGCAGCAGCACCCCGAGGCCGCCGCCCGCAUGCGCGUCCCCCGCAACGAGGUCGUCUUCCAGGCCAGGAACGCGCUGCCCGGCUCCUUCAUUGCCAGGGAUAACAUCUCCAACUUCAUCCGGUGGUGCCGGCAGGACCUCGGCAUCCAGGAUGUCCUCAUGUUUGAAACCAAUGACUUGGUGCUGAAGAAGAACGAGAAGAACUUUGUCCUGUGCUUGCUGGAGGUGGCCAGGAGGGGCUCCAAGUUUGGGAUGCUGGCGCCCAUGCUCAUCCAGAUGGAGGAGGAGAUCGAGGAGGAGAUGAGGGACCAAAUCACCUAUGGGGUGCUGGACAUGCGACGGGAAAGGCACCACCUGCACUCGGAGUCUCCGGUCCACCCCAGCAGGACGCAGCGCAUCUCCCUGUGUGACCUGAAGAACCUGGACGAGCUGGUCCGUGAGAUCCUGGGCUGCUGCACCUGCCCCUCGCAGUUCCCCAUGGUCAAAGUCUCCGAGGGCAAGUACCAAGUGGGAGACUCCAACGCGCUCAUCUUCGUGCGGGUGCUGCGCAGCCACGUCAUGGUGCGCGUCGGCGGCGGCUGGGACACGCUGGAGCACUACCUGGACAAGCACGACCCGUGUCGCUGCGCGGCGCUCGCCCAUCGCCUGGCGCAGCCGCGCGCCUCCCCGCACAAGGGCCCCCCCGCACCCAGCCCCAGGAUCCCCCGGCGCGACAAGCGGCCCCCCGGGGACCCCCCCACCCCCAGGGCGCCCCGGGGACCCGACGGUGAUGCUGCAACGCCCGCUGGGGCGCACAGGUAA